AUGGCGAUGAACUUUGUGACUUUCAACCAGGACUACAGCCACCUGGCUGUUGGUACCUCGCGUGGCUUCCGCAUAUUCACAACAGACCCAUUCACGAAAGUCCACGAGUCUCGAGAUGCAGGGAACAUCGCCCUCCUCGAGAUGCUCUUUUCGACCUCUCUCGUAGCUCUCAUCCUCUCGCCUCGGAGGCUACAGAUUAAGAACACAAAGCGUGAAUCCAUAAUAUGCGAAUUGACCUUCCCGACGACUGUACUGGCAGUCCGACUCAACCGCAAGAGACUCGUUAUCAUUCUCGAGGACCAGAUAUACCUCUACGACAUCCAACCCAUGAAACUACUCUACACCAUCGAGACUUCGCCCAACCCAAUGGCUAUAUGCGCUCUCUCUCCAUCCUCAGAGAACUGUUACCUCGCGUACCCGCUGCCACAAAAAGCCUCUGCUGCCACAGCGCCAUCGCAUGCACCCCCGAACAGCACCCAUAUCCCGCCCACCACGGGUGAGGUGCUCCUCUUCGACACGGCCAAACUCGAAGCUAUCAACGUCGUUGAGGCCCACAGGUCUCCUCUCUCCAGCGUCUCUUUUAACAAUGAGGGCACGGUUAUGGCUACCGCAUCUGACAAGGGCACCAUCAUUCGUGUCUUCUCAGUUCCUGAUGCCCACAAACUCUACCAGUUUCGCCGCGGGUCCAUGCCUUCUCGCAUAUUCAGUAUGGCCUUCAACAUCACCUCUACUCUCCUCUGUGUCUCAUCCGCUACCGAGACUGUACACAUCUUCAAAUUGGGCCCGCAGCAAGCUCAAUCCCCCAGCUUACCCGAAUCCGCAUCCACGCCAACCUCGCCUACUAAAGCGUCAUCAGCCUUUACGCGGCGUCUCUCGCAGGGUUCGGACACCCUUGAGCCCCCAGCCGCUGGUGACUCUCUUGACGAUGACCUCGACGCUGAAGGUACUGAAUCAACCGCAAUGUCCGGUCGGAAGCCCAAUGGCACCUUCUUCGGCUUGAUUCGGCGGACGAGCCAAAACGUCUCCUCUAGCUUCGCCACCACUGUCGGCGGGUAUCUUCCCAAGGGCAUGGCCGAGAUGUGGGAGCCUGCGCGGGAUUUCGCUUGGAUCCGCCUCCCAAAAUCCGCGAGCGGGGUCCCGCCAGCCCAGCUGCGAAGCGUUGUGGCCAUGAGCGCCAACAGCCCGCAGGUCAUGGUGGUCACCAACGAGGGAAAUUUCUACGUCUUCAGCAUCGAUCUCGCGAAGGGUGGCGAGGGGGUGUUGGUCAAGCAGUUCUCCGUUCUCGAUAUCAACGACAAGAUGUCCUCAUCAACCAUGGACUUCUGA